CACAAAAUGGCGGCGGGAGGGAGCUGCGCCGCGCCCUCUCCUGGGCAGCCUGAGCUCCAGGUCACUUAGCCGCGGCCUGACAGUGGGCCGUGCGCUGGACAUGGUGGUGCAUCACAAGAAGUUGGCCUGAGUGGAUCGCGUCCUCAUCACCAACUGCCUUGGCUGCUUGCCCCCCAGGAAAGAUUUAUCGGACAGAGGUGAAGUCUUUGACCCAGUUUUGUCCUGCCGGGGUCUCUCUGAACGCCUUCACAAGCUGCAGAGGGAGAGGAGGCAUCCCAGACACCAAUACUUUCAGACAAACUGGUGCCAACGUGCGUGGCUGCUGUUGCUGCUGAGGAGGCUGCUUUGCGAACGGCGGAGAGGAACGGGGAGGAAGAAUCGGCAACAACUUCUUCCACACGCACGGGCAGACGACGCGGAGCUGCAGCAGCGAGCAGAAUUCGCAACAAAAAGCGGCAUCUCCCCUGCCCGGGGAGGGCGAAGAGAAGCAGCAGCAGCGGCAGAAUUUUGGAGCGGCUCCACCAGGAGAAAUUUUACAGAGAGGCUUGCAAGAGAGCGUGUUUGCAGGGGGCUUGCUCUCCUGGCAUAUUCGGGGGUCGUCUUUGCUGGUGGCGCGGGGAGCGGAGGGGAUCCCCCGUAAAGACAGGCUAUUUUGGAUAUCCCCGUACAAGUUUUCUGAUGCAUUUGCUCGCACCUUCUUCCCCUGCCGUUUGGUGAACCCAGCCCCCCUCUCCCCCCCCCCCCACCGGUCUCCCAAGGAUGGAUCAUUCCCAGUGCCUUGUGACUAUAUACGCCUUGGUGGUUCUGCUGGGUCUCCGGCUAGAUCAAGGCGCCUGCCAGCACUAUCUGCACAUCCGACCGGCUCCCAGCGACAACUUGCCCUUGGUGGAUCUAAUCGAGCACCCGGACCCUAUCUUCGACCCCAAGGAGAAGGAUCUUAACGAGACCUUGCUAAGGAACCUCAUGGGCGGACACUUCGACCCUAACUUUAUGGCUAUUUCCCUGCCCGAGGACCGGCUCGGGGUGGACGAUCUAGCCGAGCUGGACUUGCUGCUCAGGCAGAGACCCUCGGGAGCGAUGCCCAGCGAAAUCAAAGGGCUGGAGUUUUACGACGGGCUGCAGCCGGGCAAGAAGCACAGGCUGAGCAAGAAGCUGCGCAGGAAGCUGCAGAUGUGGCUCUGGUCCCAGACCUUCUGCCCGGUCCUAUACACGUGGAACGAUCUCGGCAGCCGCUUUUGGCCCCGGUACGUCAAAGUGGGCAGCUGCUACAGUAAAAGGUCUUGUUCAGUCCCAGAAGGCAUGGUUUGCAAACCUGCCAAGUCCGUGCAUUUAACGAUCCUGAGGUGGAGGUGCCAGCGUCGGGGAGGGCAGAGGUGCACAUGGAUACCCAUCCAGUACCCCAUCAUUUCGGAGUGCAAGUGCUCCUGCUAGGGCUGCCCCUCGCCCUUCUCGCCCCUUGCCUGGCGGACUCACGUGGACCUUUGCUGCAACAAAAAUAAAAGACACUUGCUUUCUGGUUAACGUUGUAAUGCACUGUAACGUGUAGGAGAAUGUAUAUUGUGUGUAUAUAUGGCACCGUUUUAAUAUACUAUUAAAAGGUCAGUAUUAUACGUGAAAUAAUCAGCAUCUACUGUAUUUUUAAGACUAUUACCCUGAUCGUUGCUAAUGUAUCUUUUUUUUUUUUUUUUGGUAUUUAUAUUCCAGAGAGAAGUUGCUUCGCUUUGGCGAAGUAGGUUGGGGUUGUUGUUGUGUUUUCUUUUUUUUUUUUUUUAAUAAAAGGAUUAAAAAAUACAAACCAGACUUUUUGAUAAGAAAACGUUUUAAAGCUAUUUUCCAUUAUACGGAAAGCGUGUGUGUGUGUGUUUCUUCUUCCUCCUUAUGGACUUUAGAUUAAAAAAAAAAAAAAAGAAUAAACGCCUAGAGCACAAUGUUAUUGUAAAUAGAGAGAACAGUUUGAAUGACUUUAUCCUAUGUAAAUGAAGAGUAUCUACUAUUUAUUCUUUAUAUCCCUGUAGUAAAAGCGCAGCGCAGAAUUAAAGUCAACCACUAAAACACGA